AUGUUCAGCUGCAGUGGUGCCCGCAGUGAGGGCUACGUGCAGGAGCUCUUCCAUGAGGAAGCACAGCAGGUAUCUCAAACACAGACCAAGCCCUGGUGGAAGAUCCAGCUGUUUGUGUGGGAGCCAGUGCUCUUUGGAACGUGGGAUGGGGUCUUCACCUCCUGCAUGAUCAACAUUUUUGGAGUGGUUCUUUUCCUGAGGACGGGAUGGCUUGUGGGAAACACUGGCAUUGUAAUGGGCAUGUUUCUGGUGUCCUUUGUCAUUCUGGUUGCCCUGGUGACAGUCUUGUCUGGAAUUGGGGUGUGUGAGAAGUGCAGCAUUGGAAGUGGGGGAGUCUACUCCAUGAUCUCUACUGUCCUUGGAGGUCAAGUAGGGGGCACCAUUGGCCUCCUUUACAUUUUUGGCCAGUGUGUUGCAGGUGCCAUGUACAUCACGGGCUUUGCAGAGUCCAUUGCAGGGGUGCUGAGCCUCAGCAACAUCUGGGCAGUGCGUGGCGUCUCCCUGGCUGUCCUGCUGGGCCUGCUGGGAAUCAACCUGGCUGGGGUGAAGUGGAUCAUCAGGCUCCAGCUCCUGCUGCUCUUCCUGCUGGCUGUCUCCACACUGGACUUUGUCAUUGGGUCCUUUACACACCUUGAUCCAGAACACGGCUUCGUCGGCUACUCCCCAGAGCUGAUGUUCAACAACACCCUGCCCGACUACAGCCAGGGGGAGUCGUUCUUCACUGUUUUUGGAGUGUUUUUCCCGGCUGCCACAGGUGUGAUGGCUGGGUUCAAUAUGAGUGGAGAUCUCCAGAAGCCUUCUUCCAACAUCCCUCUGGGGUCUCUGGCUGCUAUUGGCACCUCGUGGUUCCUGUACAUGGUCUUUGUUUUCUUGCUGGGAGCCAUUUGUACCCGGCAGUCGCUCCGCUAUGACUUCAUGAUAGCAGAGAAGGUAUCCUUGGUGGGGUUUUUGUUUUUGCUAGGGCUGUACAUCUCAUCCCUGGCCUCCUGCAUGGGAGGGCUGUACGGAGCACCCCGGAUCCUGCAGUGCAUUGCCCAGGAGAAUGUGAUCCCCAUGCUGGCCUUCCUUGGACGUGGGAAAGGCCCCAACAAGACUCCAGUGGCUGCGAUUUGCUUAACAAGUCUCAUCACCAUGGCUUUUGUCUUCAUUGGGCAAGUGAAUGUUCUUGCUCCCAUAGUCACCAUCAACUUCAUGCUGACAUAUAUUGCUGUGGACUAUUCCUAUUUCUCAAUAUCCUUGAGCUACACCAUUCAGCAGAAACCUGAGGAGACCCAGAUGGGAGCUGCUAGACCUGCUCACUCCUCCCAGCCUUUAAUUGUCAACAAGCCCCCCAGCCGUGCAGCAGAUGGGGUAAUUCAAAGCAGAUCAAAUGGCACCUUGCUAGAAUUCAAAAAAGACAUGGACCAGAUUUUUAAGCCAUUUUUUAGUGAGCCAAGUACUUCCAAAAGAGAAGGAGUUGAGAAUUUAACCCAAAAGGGCAAGCUAAAGAAGGCGAGGAAGCCAGCCAAGCAGACAUUACAAGACAGCUUUCUCCUGGAUCUCCAUCAGGAUGCUCCCCUGGCUCAGAACAGCUGGGAUGAGGCCACGGAGCCCCAUGGGAGGCAGCAGGACAUGGGUGAGCAGGGUGAUCAGUGGGAUGCAGGUCUGGGCUCAUCGCCCCCUGCGGAUGCCCAGCACAUACCCAGGAGGAUGGAGCAGAGGGAAGAGCCCUGCAGUGAAGUGAUGAUGCUCCCUGGCCCAGGGGGAGAAGAAUCAUCUAUAAAACAACAAAAUCCAGAACUGGGAAUUCAGCAAAUACCAGAAACCUUCUACUCCAGAUUUUUCAGUCACUGGAUUUCCUUUGCUGGUGCAAUUGUGUCCCUCAUCAUAAUGUUUGUCAUUCAGUGGAUCUACACCCUGGUCAGCCUGGGAGCAGGGGUUAUUCUGUAUUUCUACAUUGGCCAAGUCAGCCCAGGACUCCCUCCUGGAGCAGCAGCAAAUUUCAGUUUCUUUGGCUGGAUUAAGUCGGUUUUGAUCUCUUCAUGCAGGAGAAGGCCAGCUCCCAAGGAGCAGAUCGUGGUGACACCAUCCUUUGCUACAGUUGGCAUGGAGACCAGGCAGCUCACCGAGGAGAACGCAGACUUUGCCUCGCGGGACCGCUACCACCAGUCCUCGCUCAUCAGCAGAGAGGAAUUUGGGAGCCAGUUCCAGUGA